AUGACUAGAGCGGGCGCCGGAGCUGCAAGGCGGAUCGAAUACUUUGAACCCCUCCAUAAGUCCCCCACAACGCCUCAACGGCCCUCGAGAGCCUCUCGUCCACCCCUCACCACGUCACACUUUCCUCCCUCCUCCUUAGCGUCCGCACUUCCGACCAUCUCCCCCAUCUCUCCCUUCUCUCCCCUCUGCAACGCGAUACCUCCACUCGACAACCCUCUCCAGCAGCCUAGCACCCCAAACAACCCGGCCGGAAAGCACAGCACAACCCCCUCCCUCAGCUCCGGAUCUGACACAUCCGACAGGUCCUUCCAAUCCGACUCCCUCCUCACGCCAAACCGGGCAUACCUCCAUCCGCCGGCAUCCCCUGCUCUUUCUGUAGCCCCACAUCGCCCUCUCCCACCUGUACCAUCCGACUCACCCGCAUCCUCUCCGCCCCAGCCGCGUCGGCCUUCCGCAACAUCCUCGAUACGCUUGCGCGCGGGCGUCAAGGUGACUCCGCCACCAGCUAUCGGAUUGUACGCGUCCAUGCCUCUUCCUCCUCUUCCCUCGGCAGCAGGGGACCAUCCGCGCUCAGGAGCCCCUGCUCUACAACUCUCCGGGCCGGUCACUCCAUCUACCAACCCCCUUCGUCCCGACAGGCCCGCCCGGAGCUGUAUCAAUCGGGACAGCCAAGCGACCGUCCGUCCCAGAGACGUUCAAUCUCGUUUAGGCCAUCGCGACCUCUCAGCCCGUGAUGCCCGCCGCAUCCUACCUCUCCCGCCCAUCAUCGUCGAAUCCCCUACAGACCUCUUCUCCUUCCCCUUCGAGCCAGACGUAUACAUAUUCGGCGAGGCAGACCUCGAAGCUGAGCUCGCCGAUCUCGGGAUCCUCGAUAUCUUCCCCAUGCCACCUUCUCGCACCUACGCGCCACCAUCCCCUUCUACCAUCUCCCCGCCCACCGUCCGGCCCAUGCGGAAAAAGGUCCAGCUGGAGCUGGAUACCGACACGAGUACGCGCUGGUCAAAGCGGCUGUCGUCGUCCAAAUCGACGAUCAAGCCGCGCAGGCGGAAGGCGCCACCACCGCCGCUGCCCCAGCUCGACUUUGAUCUGUUCUCGGUUGAGCAUAAGGUAGAAGAGAAGGCAGUGAGAGUGGAGGUCAGUGAGGCGGAUAGGAUCAGAGAGCAGUACCUUAGGGCGAGGUCUCGCAUCUGA